AUGAGCGCUCAACUCGAUUCUCUCAACGAUACCACAGCCUCCAGCAGUGCCGCUGUCUGGAACCCACGCGGCAAAAUUGUCCAGACUCCGGAUUAUCAGCUGUACGAGGUGGCUGCGGACGGCGAUGCCUAUUUUGCAGUCUCCUCGACGUCGGGCAACGAAGAGGUCAUGGUGCGUGUCUCGAGCCAAGCACUGUGUAAGACGACGGUCUUCUUCGCGGCACGGUUUGAGACAAACUGGAUGCCGGAAAGCGGUAAGUUUACACCCGAGAACCCCCUUCGGUUCACAGAAGAUUUUGACGCGUUUGUGACCUUUCUCCACAUUGCCAGUGAACAUGAACUAAUUCCCACGCCACCACUCAGCCUCCUGAGGUCCGUGGCUGCGCUGCUUGACCAACACCUCUUCAAAGGCAAGCUUCCUGAUUUCUUCGAGGAGAAGCUCUCGUCCUGCUUCCCGCGGCGCUUCCCUUUUUUCAACGACGUGGCCGUCGCCCUGGACCAAUUUGCGCUCUCCGGGACCUUGAUCGAGACAAAUUCGCUUGCGCUCCUCCAUUCUGCAUACCUCCUCAACCUGCCGUCUGUCUUUGCCACCGCUUCACGCCGGAUGAUGUGGCAAAUGUCAGUUGUGGAUGUCGACACUUUGCUUCCGAACGAUCUGAGGAUGUUGGUGCCAGGAGACUUUGUCGACAGCUUCGAAGACGAGGCUGUGAGACUCCGCGAGGAUCUAGUCUCGGCACUCCCCAAGGUGUUCUACCCGGACCCCCACGGCGAAAUGCAGUGGUACUGCUACUUUUGCCACCUCAUCCCGCACGAAGAGCGUUGGAUGAUCGAGAUCAUCCGCAAGUCGGACACCUGGGCAGAAGAGAGCAGGGCUGGGCCGGUGGCGCGCCUCCAAGAUUGCUUCAUGGACUACAUGCGCAUGCUGGGCAGGCUGGAACAGCUGCGCGAGUUCGACGGCCGCCGCGCCCCCUGUGGCAGGUUCCGCCUCCGCCAGCCCGACGUCCUAGAGCGCGAGAUGCUGUUCGACGUCUACAACGCCAUCGGCGGUCUGUGUUUGCCCUGCGUCAAGGCCGGCGGCGAGUUCAGGUAUCGUCGCUUCUGCGACGUACACCAGCUCGAUCUCACUACGGAGUGCUCAGAACAUGAGACUGUAACACAGGACGUCGAAGAAAGCCAGGCGUAA